AAAUAAAAACGAAAUGAGGACAUCGUCCGAGUUACAGCUGUAAACUAUCGAUACAUAUUACCCUACAUAUGCAUAUAUUUAAUUCUACAUUUUUUAUUUAAUAUGAAAUUGAUAUAUUAAUGUUGGUAGUAAUGUAUCAUAGCAGAUACAAUCGAAGAUUAAUUUAAAUUAAAAUAAUUUACAAAAUUAUAUCUAUCUAAUAUGCACGAUGUUAAAGUUAACAUCGAAUAUUGUGAAACCUGUAACUAUAAGCCACAAUUUCUUGAUAUGGUCAAUUUAAUAGAGAAGAAUGUGCCAACAGCCAAAGUCUCUGGAACCGAAGGAAAGGAAGGAUCCUUUGAAAUUAAAAUUAAUGAUGAAUUAGUUUAUUCAAAACUACAAACACUAGCAUUUCCUGAUUACGAAGCAGUAUGUGAAACUAUCAAAGAUGUAUCAAAUGGUGAACCUGUAAAAAAAGUUACAAAACAACAACCUAUAGAAUGUACAAUAUCAUAAUAUUCUAAUUACAAAAUUCCAGGGAUAGAUGUCUUUGGCAUGCACCAGGAUUACAGAAACAACCAGUUCUGAGAUGUAUUUUAAAAAGUGCAGCCAUAUGUGCAACUUCCAUAUAUCCAACAUAUUCGCCAUUGGAUCUAAGAAUAUUAAAUGUAACAAUU